AUGCCCAGCAUGGCUGCUGACCGAAUGGAGUCUACUUCCGUUAAACUGUUCGUGAGAGGACUCCCAGUCCACUACCCAGAGUCCGACUUGAGAGCUGUUUUUGAAGAGUAUGGUAUGGUAGAAGAUGUGUUUAUAUUGAGGGAUAGGUCGACGAUGCAGAGUAGAGGUAUGGCCUUCGUACGGUUUCGAGAUAUCCCAUCUGGCAUGGCAGCGAUCAAGGCAUUGAAUGGCUAUCGUCUUUGUCAUAAUACCUCUACUAGUUGUAUUGAUAACGAUGUUGAGAGUGUUAAUGACAUGUCCUUUGCUCAGUCCCAUAUACCGCUGUCAGUAUCGCUAGCCCAAGGUGAAGCGGAAAGGCUUGGUAUGCAUGGGGAAGUGGUGGCAACAGGUGGUGAUACGAAGUUGUUCGUAUCGGGGUUGGGACCAGGGACCCAGGAAGAGGAGCUUCGGACUAUUUUUGAACCAUUCGGGCGAAUCAAUGAAGUGCAUGUACCGGGACCGCAUGCCUUAUAUGCAUUCGUUCGGUUUGCGGAAAAGGAAGAUGCGCUGAAGGCAAUUCGAGAGGUCAACGGUCGUGUCACAGUUGAGGGGUCCCAAAGGCCACUCGAGGUGAAGGUGGCCGAAUCAAGGGCAGCCAAAGCCGAUAGAAACGCUCAUCAUCAGCAGCAGCAGCAUGGCUAUGAGGGGGUAGGUGCUACUGGCUUACGUUUGAUGGCUGGUGCGGCUGCAUCCUUACCAAUAAAUGGUGCUACUUCAUCAUUAACAUCACCGGGGAGGCUGGAUACUCCUACUAUAAACGGGAUUAGAGGGGGAUCUCCAUCAGGAACUCAAGCACCAAGGACUGCUGGGGUCUGGACUGAGUACUUCACGAUGGACGACACUCCUUAUUAUCACAAUGCUCGCACCAAUGAAGUGCAGUGGGAGAUGCCCGCAGAGUUCAGGAAUCCGAUUAAUGUACACACAGCUCCUCAGACUAAAGGUCCUCCUGGUGCUAACGUAUUCGUAUUCUGGGUACCGGACGCUUGGACUGAGGACGAUUUACGAGAUCAUUUCUCAAGUUUCGGGAAUAUUGUUUCCGCUAAGGUGGUGGUUGAUAAGCAUACUGGCUUAUCGCGUGGUUACGGCUUCAUCUCCUAUGAUAAUGCACAAUCUGCGGGACGUGCGGUCGCUGAGAUGAACGGCUUCGUGGCGGCUAAUGGUCGACGUAUUAAAGUGCAGAUAAAGAAGGGGGAGGAGGAUGCGGCAGUGGAAGAAAGAGGACGGAGGGGGAGGUCCAGCAGUCCCUAUUGA